CUGAUCUUGACAGGCGUUCGGCAGCAAACGCCUGUGACAACACGAAGUUCAGGCUGUUUCGAUUUAGUGCUCGAGUACAGUCCUAGCAAUAAAGACAGUGCUGAUAGUUACAGAGGCUGCCAGGCCGCGACCGAAACCGGAGCUGCGGGGAGCUUCGGCCGAACACAUUCGAUUGCCGCACCCUGCGUCAUCCCUGCGCUUUGCGCGAAGUCGCCCGCUGGCCUUGCAGCUGUGUGCAGAGCUGAUUGGACAUCGACAUAGGCAAGCAAGGAACGCCUGAGGAAAGACUUUUGUCAAGCAAAUUUGCUGCCUGACGACGACGCGCCCGCGCAGGGCUUUUGAACAGUUCAAUUGCUAUUAAACUUAAUAAAAGUGUGUAGUUAGAACUCAUAGGCGCGGCAGGCAUGGCGUCCAGCGCGGGGAGCGCGUUGCCGGGCUCCCCGUUCCCCGGUGGUGGCGCAGCAGCUAUUGAGUACGCAACAAAGGCAGAUGUGGACGACCCUAACUUCUACAGCUGGCUAGAGGAUUGGAUUGGCGAGAAGAACGAGGAUGCCGCCAUCACCGACGUGUUUGCGACGCUCAACGACUACGGCACGCAGAUCGACUGGCAACAUCAGCAACAACAACAGCUGCUGCAAAAGCAGCAACAGCAACAACAACAACAACGCGGUGGCCAAGUCGCUGCCGCGGGCGACAAAGUCAGUCUCGUAGAUGACGACGACGACGAGCCCGCCGGCGGCGGGCGUGGCCUGGAUCCAAUGGUGCCCGAGUCCCUGGAUCUCAUCGUGCCGGCGUCCCUGGAUCCAAUGGUGCCCGGAUUCGUGGAUCCCGGCGGCGGUGGCGGCGCCGCUGCCGGCAAGGCGCCCGCGUCUGUUGAUCUGAUGGAGGCGCUGGCGGCGGCGGUGGCGGCGUGCGCGGCGCCGGCGCCCGGGGCGGCGGCGGCGGCUGGCGGCGGCGGCAUGGCGGCGGCGGCGGCGCCGCCGGGGGGCUACCGGCAGGAUGCCUCGGUGAUGGAUACGAUUAUGGCGUCGGCGCCGCAAUCAUAUGAGGGCGGCGUUGGCGGCGUUGGCGGCGUUGGCGGCGGCGGGCCCGCGGGGCUGUCGGCGCUGUGGCACACGCAGCUGCAGGGGCAGGGGCAGGUGCAGCAGCUGUCAUGGCAGCAGCACCAGCACCAGCACCAGGGGCAGCGGCAUUCGGACCCGGCGCUUUCGGGGUCAGGCUCCGGCUCCCAUCUCGGCAGCGGCGGCAGCGCCGCCGCCGCCACCAGUGGCGGCAGCACUGGCGCCGUCAGUGCCGCCGGCAGCUUUGAGACGGGCCCAGCCGCCGCCGCCGCUGCAGCCGCCGCGGCGGCAGGGGUGGGCAGUGUCGCGCCUUCGCCGUCGGACUCGUGCGGCGACAGCGUUGGGGUCAGCGGCGGCGGCGGCGGAAACUUCGGCGGCGGCGGCGGCGGCGGCGGCGGCGGCGGCGGUUGGAGCUACCACAUGGGCGGCGCCGGCUUUGGCGCUGGCUUUGGCGGCAGCGGCGGCGGUGUCAGCGGCAGCGGCGGCGGCAGCGGCGGCGGCUUCCUGUCGCUUCCGUCGGUGUUUGGGCAGGCGGCGGGGCAGGCGCCUGCAGGGCAGGUCGCUGCUUCCUCGGGUGCCGUCGCAGGCGCAGGCGCAGCCCCCGGCUUGGGCGGCUUGGGAGGCUUGGGAGGCUUGGGCGGCCUGGGCCUCGACUCCCACCUGCAGAACUACCUGCGAACGCAGGCCGACGGCGCCGCCCUCACAGCCUCCCUGGCCGCGUCGUCGCUGGCCGGCGCAGCCGGGACCGGCGGCGGCGGCGGCGGCGGCGGUUUGCUGGCGGCGGUUGGCAGCUCCGCCGGCUUGGCGGUGCUAGGGGGCGCCAGCGGUUCCCUGGGCUCCCUCCCAAGCGACGGCGUGACACGGCUCCCAAGCCACGGAACGGUUUCGUCCUUCACCGGCACGUCGCAGCCCCUGCCGCUGCCGGCCCUUCAGGUGUCCUCGGCGGCAGCACCGGCCGCGGCCCUUCAGCAGCCGCCGCCGCUGCCCGCCGCCGCGGCAGGACCGGCCAACCGCCUGCGUUCAGAGGCCGGGCUGGCGGUUGGCGUCGUACCGUUUGACCAACUGCUGGCGCGUGCGCUGUACGGCAGGGCCUCCAACUCUGGCCCCCCUCGCGUUAGUGCCGCCAGCAGCGGUACGACGGGCACGACGGCAGUUCCGCCGGCGGUUGGUGUGGCGGCGCCGCCGUCGCCGGAUAGCUUUGGCGGCGGCGCGUUGCCAGGGUACAACAGCUCCGCCGCCGCCACCGCCGCCACCGCUGCCGGUGGCAUGGGUGGGCCCGAGGGCGCGAUGGUGUUGAUGAGCCGCGGCAGCAGCGGCUUGCAGCAACAGACCGGUGCGCCGCCGGCGGCGGCGGCGGUGGCGUCGGCGCCGCCGCCACUGGAUUACGUCAUGCGUGCUGCCGGCUCGUCAAUGACUCGCAACAGCAUAGACUUUGGGUCGGGUGCGGGGUCGGGCUGCGAGGGCGGCGGUGGGAGUGGGCACUUUGGCCGCACGCCGUCGGAUCCUCUGCUGUCGCCGUCUGGUCUGUCUGGUGGCGUGUCUGGCGCCGGACCCAGCGGCCUGUUCCCCCGGAACGGUUCGUCUGGUCUCGGCGGCGGCGGCACUGGCGGCUUGGGGAGCAGGCAUCGUCACAGCAGGAAGAGCCUUAGCGGCGGCGCCGCCGCCGGCGGCGCCGCCACUGGCGGCGGCAGUGGCAUGCCUGUGUCGCACGCGCGCGGCGGGCACGCGGGCAAGGCCAUUGGCGGCGGCGGCGGUUGCGGCGGCGGCGGCACUGGCGGCGCGGCGGCGGGCGCGGGCAGUGGCGGCGCCAACCACCACUCCACGCAACGGGGAGUGGGCGUGAACGCCAGUGGUCGCCCCACCCGUACGGCCCGGACCAAGGCCGUGUUUGCUGCCCUGGAGGCGGAGGUGGCGGGCAAGAUGAGCGAGCUGGAGGCGCUCGAGGUGGAGCACAGCACGCUCAAGCAGCGCGUCGAGAUCCUGGAGGUGGCGGUGGAGCGGCAGGACGUUGUGCUCAGCCUGCUCACGCCCGCCGCCGAGAAGCGCCGUGCGCUGCAGCAGCAGCUGCAGAUGCAGGCGCAGGCGCAGCACACGGAGGGCGGCAGCGCGGCGGCGGCGGCGGCGGCCGCGGCGGGCGGCGACGCCGGCUUGCCUUCGUCGUUGCAGGGAGCUGCGAGGAAGCCGGAGCAGCAGCAGAGCAGCGGCGGCGGUGCCGACGCCGCAGCUCGCCAGGCGCAGCCAGCCAACCUGCAGUUCCAACGCAUGUCCACCAGUGGCGAAAUGCAGCAGCAGCAGCAGCGGCCGCCGGCGUCAGCGCCUUCGUCACGGGUCCUUGACGCAGCCCUCAUCGGCGACGGCUCCGUUUGGGCGGCCGCCGCCGCCGCCUCCGGCGGCGGCGGCUACGCUGGCCUCUGCGCCUCCGCCUCCGCCGCCUCUGCCGCCUCCGCCGCCUCGGCCGCAGGCGCGGCGGGGUCCGGAGCGGCAGGAGCGGCGGCGGGGGCGGGGGCGGGGGCGGCGGGAGCUAACGCGAGCGGGUUGCCCGGCACGACGCCAUCGUCUUGCACGCCGCCGUUCUCAUCGUCGGCCCGGGCGGGCGCGUUUGCGGCGGCGGCCGCCGCCUCCGCGGCGGCCGGUGGGCUGAGCGGCGGCGGGGUGGGCGGACUGGCGGAUGCGCUGGCGGUGCUGCCGCGGGGGCUGGAGGGGAGCAGGCUCAUGGAGUGGGCGCGCAACUGCAGUCUUGAGGAGUUUAAGGACUGGUACAAGCAGUACCUGCAGCAAAUCUCGCUCACGCUGCUCGAGGCCGAGGACGUCACGGCCGGCGGAGCUGCCAACGCGGCGGCGGAGGCGCGGCUAGUGGCGGCGGUCGCUGCUAUGGGCGCUCGCACAUGCCUGGUGUGUGUGUUCCAGCCGCUUGUGCUUCUGAAGCUCAAGGGCAUGAAUUUGGAGACCAACGUCUACGAGGAGCCGCCGGAUAGCCACUGGAUGGACGUGAUCAAGUACAUGUCAGUGGGUGCGGCGCAGGUGGGCGAGAUGGACACGCUGUUCCACUCCUACAACCUGCUGCACGACUCGUUCAGGGCGGAGCUGCAGGACACGCAGCGCGAGCUCGCCGAGCUGGUGAACAAGCAGGACUCCAUGGUGUCCACGGAGCGCUGCAGCGAGGGCGGCCUGCUGUUCACAAUGCGACAGACGGCACUUCUCAAGCGUGUCCGCUCCAUCCUCUCCAAAACCCACCUCCUGUACAGCUGCACCAUUGGGGUGGCCGCCAUGCGCAUCCUCAAACCCAAGGAGUUCGCCAAGUGUCAGGUGCAGAGCUACCCGUACUACCCCUGCGGCCCCUCGCUCAUGCGCGCCUGCGCACAGCUUCGAGCCAUGAAACAGAUCUGGGGCGUCAACAUCUGCGGCGCCCCUGCUACUGCCGCUGGUGCUACUGCCGCCGACCCAGCUGCAGCCGCCGACCCAGCUGCAGCUGCUGCAGCUGCUGCUACUGCCGGUGGGGCGGCGGGCGGCGGCGGCGCCGGUGGCACGUAUUCAGCAUUGCUGAUGGCGGCGGGGGCGGGGCAGUAGCAGUGGCUGUAGCAACCUGUUGCCGGAGGUGCUACAGCCAGCGCCGCCGCAUCAGCAACCGCAGCAACAGCCGCAAGCAGAGCGGCAGUAGUGGCAUCCGCGGCAGAAGCCGUGCCCCGGGUCCUGCUGCAGUGCCGGAAUUCUUGUUGUGUUUUUGUACGGCAGAGGGGUAGGUUGGCACGUACCGUGUGUCGUCACGUGCAGGCCGCGGCCUUGGAUGCCGUGGUCGUUGAAGGGGAAGAGGAGCGGUUGCGUGGGCGGCGUCAUGGCGUUUUGGAUUUGGAUUCGUAAUUUGUUGUGGUCGUGCAGCAGCAGGCGCAAGGUGGCAAGCCGGCAAGGCUUCUUUGUGAUGCUUUGUUUGCGCGAGCAGCGAUCGGAACCUUCCGAGCUGCCUGUGCCGCACUGGGCGCUACUACGGUAGUGCGUGGGUGUGCUGGUAUAACUACAGUGCAGCCGUGCAGCAGCGCUGUGGCUACCGUGUGCGUGUGUGUGUGCGUGUGUGUGUACGGGUGUGCCUUCGGCUUGCUCGAUGACGUAUAUGUCAUGCGUGUGGGAAUUGGCGUUUGGCCUAUGUGAGUUGUGUGGUUUGGCCUAUCGUCUGCCUCGUGCCGCAAGUGGGGAAAUGAGAGCGGGUGGCUGUUGGCCGGCAGCGAAGGGGCCGCGCACGCACACACACGAAGUUUAGGGCAUGCAAUCCGGAAAAAGGCGGGCUUAUGUCCCCUGUCCUGGCGGGAGGGAUUUUCAGAAAUGAUUGUGUUUAGUUCCACGGUAGUUGACGUUUGGUCGGCGGCGUUCGCAUCGGAUGCAUGGAUGCGCCAACCACUGUCAGAAAUCGCGUGGUGUGUCUUUACUAUUUUGUCACAACAGCUUGUGGAAAUUUCAAACACCCCUCGGGUUGGCAGCGGAGCUCUCUGCCCCCCAGGGUUCGUGUCGCAUGCAUGCAUGCGUGGCGUGCCGUGGCAAAGCCGCUGUCGACGCUGUUGACGCGGUCGUGUGCCAAACGCAAAAAACCCAAAGACAGAAGGCAAAUCGGAAAUUACUUUACUAUGGAUGCUGUGAAGGCGUGCGUCGUGUACUGCACCGCGGGCCGUGCCGUGUGUGCGUAUGCCGAGUAAGGCAGCGAUAGUAAAGGCAUGAACGCCUUUGUUGAGGCCUGCAGCUCGGCGGCCAGAGCUGGUGAUUCAGAGGCGAACGCGCAAAGGCGGCGGCGUGAUGGCAACAGGAGAAACGGGGCUUGCUGUCGUUCACUCGCUGUGUGAACGUGCUCUGAAUAACGUCUGGAAAGGGAUGCCCAACAACCUUCGCGUCUUGGUGAUGCCCGUGGUUAAGUUGAUGUUGUGAGCCUUUGUCCAACUUCCUACAUGGGUGUGGGUGUUUCCAUUCGCGGUACCGUUUGUGUUCUGGAUGGCAAUCUUUCCGAGCGCGAUAUUUCCGAGCGCUUGCUUGCUGCCGCGGUGGCGCCAUGCGAGCUGGCGUCUUUAGCUGCCGUGGUCACCCCGCUUUGGCAUCUCCUUUCCGGCCAAGUUGCAUUUGCAAGUGGAAACUCGAAAUCGCCUUCACCCGUUGUUUUUUGCGCACAGCCGCAAUGCAAAGGCUCCACACCUUGCAUUGUGUUAUUUUGGGGGGUGGGGGGUGGGGUUGGAAGCAUGGCGUGUGGAUAAUCGUCGACGCUCCAUCACCUUAUGGUGGUUGCAUUCUUAAGCGGUGGGCAUGUCGCCAGGCACAGGCAAGAGGAGAGAAACGCGAAGGUGAGACGCAUCACUGUGACUUUGGGGUGGCAGGCAGGUGGCCUCAGCGACCACAAGAGACGCUGCACGAAAUGCUACACGGCGGAACGUGCGUGUGUGUGGCUAUUGAUGGUUGUUGGCGGACGGCUGGAGGCUGGCAGCUGCCGAGUUUGCCUGGUGUUCGUUGAAGGCUGACGGGUGGGGGCGGCGGUUAAUGCUGUCGGCGGCCCGUGGGCCAUAGCGCAACCGUCAGGCGAUGACACAGCAGAGACCUGCAUGUCAGUAUGCAUUUUUAGUCUAUUGCCGUCUGCAUGUGCGUGGGUGUGUGUAUGUGCGUGGUGGGCUGCUGGGAAUAGCAGGCGGAAUGCACAAGCACACACGCACACAGAAGAGUAUCAAGAACUGCAGUUAGACAGCUUGGCUGGUGUUUCCUGUCGCUGCGUCCUGAAGCAACUGAGCGCAAAAUCGGCGACGCCCGAUGGUGCGGUGGGCGAGAGCGGGUUUCUAGCAAUUUCUAGAUGUUCCCAGGUAUUGCCUGGGGUUGUGCAAGAACAACGUGGCACGAAUAAAUGAGAUCUGUUUGGUAUUUACAGCGAGCCAGGAUUGGGGGAACGGGGGAGGGUGGAAGGGAAGGUGGAGCCGAGGGGGAUUACGGUAAUCAUCGCUCCAACAACAGGUGAUUGCCAACAAACGACUGCAACGCACGCCCGGCACGGGUGGGGGUGGGGGUGAAAGAGGUAGAGCUUCUUGGCAUCAGCCAAAGAGGGGGCAGUGGAUGGGUGCGCGUGGCUGUUAUGCUGCCAGAUGCAAAAAUUGUAAAACGUUUGAUCC